AUGGGUGUUUUUCUCACUCUGUCCACCUCUGCUGCCAUCGUUCUCCUGAUAAUCCCUGGAGAUUUGUGCGUGGAUAUCAUCGGAGGACAUGAAGUAGCACCACACUCGAGACCAUUUAUGGCCAUGCUCAAAGGAGAAGAUUUUUGUGGAGGAGCUUUGAUCAAGCCAAACUGGGUGUUAACAGCUGCUCAUUGCAAUCUGGAAGGAGGCAGAGUUAUUCUUGGAGCCCAUUCACAGACAAAAAGGGAAAAAGAAAAACAGGUUAUUGAGAUUGCAAAAGAAAUUCGCUACCCAGGCUACUCUGACAGAAAAAAAGAACAUGACAUUAUGCUGCUGAAGCUUACGAAAAGAGCAAAAAUUAAUAACGCUGUGAAAGUAAUUCCCCUGCCUACCUCUGGUAAAGAUCUCAAACCAGGAACAACUUGUAGAGUAGCAGGAUGGGGACAAACUGAGAAUUACAUGAAAAAAUACCUGUCUGAUACCCUGAAAGAAGUUAACGUCACUGUCAUCAGUAGAACAAUCUGCAAUGACAAGAAACAUUACAAUUACAAUCCUCGUAUAACAAAUAACAUGAUAUGUGCAGGAGGAUCCAAGAGAGAAAAAGCAGACUCAUGUAAAGGGGAUUCAGGUGGACCCUUAAUAUGCAAUAAUGUGAUGAAAGGUGUCACAUCUUUUGGGAAGUCACCAUGUGGUUCUCGUAAUGGUCCUGGUGUCUACACUCUCAUCACAAACCAGUACCUUAAGUGGAUAAGGAAAACCAUAGGCGGAGAUUUACAGACCGAGUAUUGACCAAACUAUUUCCCACUUUGUGAUUGUGCAACAAAAUCUAGCUUUGAAAUAUGCACUCUGCUAGAACAGCUUUUGUAGUUUACAAAGCUAUGGAGUCCAUUUGUGACUCAAGCUUUCAGCUUUCUUGCGUUGUGCAUUCAAACUGAGCUUUACAUAGAUGAGUACUUCUGACCAACUGUCAAA